UGAAGCCAUCUGGCGAAAUCUCUCUAGACAACUCGAAGACUACUUUCUCGGUCGAGAGACCGAGACGGGUGCAAGGUGAAGGUCGUCGGAGGUUUUACCUUUUUUUCCCCCUUAUAUAUCUCUCUGUAAUUUGGUGAGAUUUCGUAUCGAGGAGAAAGAAACUCGAGUGGAAAAUUUGGGACGGCCCGCGGACAUUUCUACUAGGGAUAAACACUUUUGAGGAACAAUUUAAUUCUUAAAAGGAAAAAUCGGAGCGAUGCUAAAUGACAAGUUUAAUGGAAAGUAAGGAGAUAACCGCGGUAAUACGAAAAGGUAAUUGAAAGAGGCAGCAAUAGGGAAAGAAGUCUGGAGGAUUUUUAUGGGGAAACUCGGGAAGAGGUCGGAAAUGAAAUUUUUCACCGUCUUCUGAGAGAUCGAAAGGCGCCAUCUUUGAGUGCUCGGGGAAGUCGCGAUAAUGGAGGCGAAACUUUGGGAAAAUUAAACUCCGACCUUGAAGAGCGAUCGGUCGAAGGAAAUCGAGACAAGGGCGCAAUUCUUCUCCAAUUUGCCGCUCCUUUUUGCUUCGUUGCCGAGCAGUGCGUGAAAUUCGUGGUAUGCCCGUUUUUAACGACAGACCACCGAGACGCGGAGGACUUUCCGUUGGAGCUGCGAGGAGCGCCGCCAUUGGCCAGCGCUGAAGCCCGCCAGAAGAAUCGGCCAAUCAACGCGCGCGUUUUGAGCCGAGUGUACCAUGAGGUUACCAACGGAGCCAUGUCAUUGGUUUCUGAUGGGAAUGAUCCUGAGCCUGCGCGGAAGUUGUCGAGGCUCCGAGGAAGAUGGCGCGGCAGUCGCGACGCCCUCCAGCGACGUCAACGAACCUGAAAUACGAACUACAAUCAACUUAGAAAUUGGAACCAAUGAGACGGUGCCUUUAAGCCUGACCCGCAAGCGGCGAUUCGUGCGAUUCCCGACCGCAGGUGCACCACCAGGAUAUGCAUACGAACCGUCUAAUGGCAGGACUUCCGGGUAUCCAGGAUAUUACGGACCUCAGCCACAAUUUCAACAAUGGCGGCAACAAAAGUCCUUCUGGCGGGGACCUCCUACUGCACCGGAUUAUCCUAGGCCGGUCAUGAGUCACAGGACUCCCAGAUUGAUAUUCCGGGAUAAUGACUUCCCCGUCAACUCGGCCGGGAGUUUCUUCCAAUCCAACCAACUGCAAGACGUGGACGAAGAGAUUAGAGAUCACAGGAAACAAAUCUACAACGAUUACCCGAGAUUGGAAACAGAGUCUCGGAUUCGAAAGAGACCAGUGUGGCAGGGCGACGAUUCUUUGUGCGUCGACGGAGGAAGCUGCGAGUUCUUUCUAGUGUGCUGGAUGUCUGCUGGCCUAUUGGAUGGCAGUUGUGGCGGGAUAAUGUACGCUUGUUGUCGCCGGAAAGACGCUAAAACUAGCACUGAUUAUAACCUGAUCGAAGCGCCUAGAGAGCAAUCACAGCUGCUUCCGCUGGAUUCAUACGCGGACGCCACCAGUGACGAUCGCUGUGGAAUAUCUGUAUCGAAGCAGACAGCGCAGAGGAGAAUCGUUGGAGGAGAUGACGCAGGCUUCGGCAACUUCCCUUGGCAGGCCUACAUUCGAAUCGGUUCGAGCAGAUGUGGAGGUACAUUAGUGAAUCGAUACCACGUUGUCACCGCAGGACACUGCGUUGCCAAGGCAUCUGCGAGGCAAGUUCAAGUUACCUUGGGUGACUACGUCGUCAAUUCUGCAACCGAGUCGCUUCCUGCAUAUACCUUCGGUGUCAGGGAAAUCCGAGUACAUCCUUACUUCAAGUUCACCCCUCAAGCAGACAGAUUUGACGUGGCAGUUCUUCGAUUGGAUCGACCAGUUCACUACAUGCCUCACAUUGCUCCAAUUUGUUUGCCGGAGAAAAAUGAAGAUUUUCUCGGACAAUAUGGCUGGGCUGCUGGUUGGGGUGCCCUGCAAGCUGGUUCAAGGCUAAGGCCGAAGACUUUGCAAGCUGUGGAUGUACCAGUAAUAGAUAAUCGUGUCUGCGAGAGGUGGCACAGAUCAAAUGGUAUCAACGUCAUCAUCUACGAUGAAAUGAUGUGUGCUGGUUACCGAGGAGGCGGGAAAGACUCUUGUCAGGGAGACAGCGGUGGACCACUGAUGCUGGAGAAGACAGGUAGAUGGUACCUAAUCGGAAUUGUCUCAGCAGGUUACUCCUGCGCUCAGCCAGGUCAACCUGGAAUUUAUCAUAGGGUUGCUAAGACCGUCGACUGGAUAACAUAUGUUAUAAACUCGUAGCAUGUGCUGUAUCUUCAGCGAUAAGACUUGA